AUGAGUACCUCAGCAACAAAAAGCCCAGAUGUGCCACCAGCAAAAAGCAAGAGGUUGAGCACGUUCGUUACAAGGAUGAAGACAGUACUGAAAAGAAGCGAUGGAUCAAAGCGGUUAUCAUUCUCUUCCAGACCAGCAGCGGCAACUUCUUCAACCGCGGGACCAAGCGCGGUCAAGAGUGACGAGCCAACCGUCGUGCGCACCAACGAAGAGCCUACACGACCCGAAAUACCCAAAGAAGAAGAAGCAUCUACCGGCCAGGCCAAGAAGGUUAAUCGGGCACAACUAGAUGCCGAACGCGCUCGUAAAUUGGGCGAGCGUUUCAAGGUCACAAUAGAACCUGUAUUAUGGCCAACUCCGGAGAAGGAAGUCUAUCGCGUAGAGAAGCCCAUACGUAUGCGUAUCCAUCGCCAGUGCCAUAGAUGUAGCACGACGUUUGGGGGAAGCAAGACUUGCAAUUCGUGCCAACAUGUUAGAUGUACGAAAUGUCCUCGGUAUCCUCCCAAGAAGACUGAUAAGGAUAGGAAGGUGAAGGUCCCUGCUACAUCAGGAGGUCUUGAAGUGGACAGCUAUUACGGCUUGAGUGAAGUUAUCGAGAUACGGAAACCAAAUCCACGUCCUGGCGGUCAGCCAUUAGUGAGGAAGAAGCCCAUGCAACGGAUACGGAGGACAUGUCAUGAGUGUUCGACACUUUUCGCCGCCAAUGCGAAAAUUUGUUCAAGUUGCAAUCACAUCCGCUGUGCUGACUGCCCUCGAGAUCCAGCAAAGAAAAGGAAAUACCCCGAUGGCUAUCCUGGCGAUGCCCCCUCCAGUAAUACGUCCCUCCCUGUAAAAUACUCGUGCCAUAAAUGCAGCAAGGUAUUCCCUCCUAUUCCGCAUCCCGAUUCUGGGGUGGAACAGCCGAAACAAGAUUGUGUUCGGUGUAAGCAUGAGAGAUGCUCGGAAUGUUCGCGGGCGCCGCCGAUGAGAAUCGAGCCAGAACCAGAUCCAGAGUUGUUGAAAAGAGUGGAGGCGAGGUUGGCGGCGUUGAAUGUCAGUACAACUACCGCUUGA